GAAGCUUUUCUUCUUUUUCCAUCUUUCUCGUGCUGGAAUUUCUGCCCCGAGCUGUCACCCUUUCUUUCGCUUUUUGUUGUUCGGCCGUGUGGACGAGCUGUGGGAGUUUUGAGAUAAGCUGUACCCAGCUUGUUCUGCUUGUUGAUUUUGAUCUCCUACAGCGGGCUGAAACUGAAAUUUGAUGUGAAAGAAUGAAGGACAGAGAUGGUGGGAGGGUUCCGGAUAGGCCAUGGCGGUCGAUCUGCGUCCCGGUGUUGGUCGUCGUCUUCUGCCUCCUGUCUUUCUACAUGGGCGUCAUCUAUUCCACAGAGAGAGAUAACGUGCUCAAGCUUUUCGAUAGUCCUAACUUGUCUGUUGGGGUCGGCUGCACCCAAUCUUCUGGUCCCCAAGGAGCCUCUCUGAGUGAGAAUUUUACCUUCAGUUCCUGUGAUCCAUCCUUUCAGGACUACACACCGUGUACUGAUCCUAAGAGGUGGAGGCGUUAUGAUCGGAAACGUCUAUCUUUCAGGGAACGCCAUUGCCCAUCGGUAUCUGAAAGAAAGGAAUGCUUGGUCCCCCCACCAGAGGGAUACAAGAUUCCUCUGCAGUGGCCCGAGAGCAGAGAUCAAUGUUGGUACCGCAAUGUCCCCUAUGAAUGGAUAAACAAAGUAAAGGCCGGACAGCAUUGGUUGAAGAAGGAAGGAGAUAAGUUCAUAUUUCCUGGUGGUGGCACAAUGUUUCCAAAUGGAGUUGGCGAGUAUCUUGACGCCAUGGAAGAGUUGAUCCCUGGGAUGAAGGAUGGGAGUGUCAGGACGGCAAUUGACACUGGCUGUGGUGUUGCUAGCUGGGGAGGUUCCCUAUUGGACAGAGGGAUCUUGUCAAUGUCUCUGGCACCUAGAGAUAACCAUGAAGCUCAAGUGCAGUUCGCUCUUGAAAGAGGCAUUCCAGCCAUACUGGGAAUUCUCUCAACUCAGAGGCUUCCUUAUCCCUCUGCGGCUUUUGACAUGGCUCACUGCUCCAGAUGCCUGAUUCCAUGGGCUGAGUUCAGUGGGGUGCUUCUAAUGGAGGUAGACCGAAUUUUGCGACCGGGAGGUUUUUGGGUGCUGUCUGGUCCUCCAGUAAACUACGAAACUCAUUGGCGUGGAUGGAACACGACAAUCGAAGCUGAGAAGGCUAACUUAGACGCCAUACAAAAGCUUCUCUCUGGAAUGUGCUACAAACUCUACAAGAUGGAAGGUGACUUGGCCGUCUGGCAGAAGCCAAUCGACAAUACCUGCUAUGAUGCUCGUGAUAGCUCUGUUUAUCCUCCUAAAUGUGAUGACAGCAUUGAACCAGAUUCUGCCUGGUAUGUUCCAAUGCGUCCUUGUGUUGUUACAGAAAGCACCGUGAAGGAAAUAGCUGUAGACAGUAUUCCGAGAUGGCCUAAAAGAUUGACUACAAUUCCCUACCGAUUCAGAUCCUUCGCAAGAAAAGAUGGUGUUUCUUUCUCGCAGGACACACGAACAUGGCAGAAGCGUUUGCUGCAUUACAAGUCACUGUUGCCUGCCCUUGGAACUCCAAGAAUCCGCAACGUGAUGGACAUGAACACAGCUUACGGCGGGCUUGCUGCUGCCAUGAUUGGAGACCCUGUCUGGGUUAUGAAUGUUGUAUCAUCUUACGCACCAAACACACUGCCUAUAGUCUUCGACAGAGGCCUAAUUGGCACCAACUCUGAUUGGUGUGAAGCAUUUUCAACAUACCCAAGAACUUACGAUCUUCUCCAUCUUGAUGGGCUGUUCACAGCAGAGAGUCACAGGUGUGAGAUGAAGUUUGUCUUGCUGGAAAUGGAUCGAAUAUUGAGGCCAUUAGGCUACGGUGUCCUGCGAGACACACAAUUCUUCCUUGAGAAAGCCUUGAAGAUUGCAGAGGGAAUGAGAUGGAAGUGUAAGAUGCACGUGACGGAGAAAGGCAAAGCAUCGCCUGACAGGAUCCUGAUAUGCCAAAAGUCUUUCUGGACGCUGCAACAAACAGGGGAAACCAACUAGCACACUGAAUCUAUAGAACAAAGAGAGAAAGAAAGAAGUAUAUACAGUUCUCUGUGUUGGUUUCCAACUCAUGCUGCUACUCCUUUUAUUGAUUGUAAAACAAGAGUACAUCACGUCAUAGCAGAAGAACGUUUGACAGGAGAACUCGUGCAUGUUAUUAUCGUCAAGAGGUUCAGCUCUGGGUGAUGAUGGUGGCUUGCGGGUAUAUUCUCCUUUUGCUCCGAAUCCACAAGAUGUUGGAGAGGAGGAAGAUCUCUUUCUCUCUGUGUGUCUAUUGUUCUCCAUCUCAGAUUCUUUGCCUGUAAAAGGUUCUGUUUUGUCUCUUUUUCAGAGCUAGUAAUGAUGAUAUAAUGCUUUGUUUGA